AUGUUAUUUAUGGAUUAUGGAAGGACGAUUACUAAGAUCUUUACUGCUAAACCUUGUACCAGAGAGACCCAAAUUUUGGAUGAACGUGACAAAAGAGAAAUGAGUGCUGGAAGGCCUCCCGACACAUUUAAUAAAGAUAUGCUGGCAAGUAUGAUUCCACCUGUAUAUAUUGUAAUGAUAAUGGAACAACAGUUGAUGCAAGAACAUUUAACAAUAGAUGAAGUAGCAAAUGUGAAUGUAAAAGUUGACAUUGAAUUAAAACAACAAACCAAUAUUACUUUAUCAAUGGCAGAUGGACUGAUCCAAACAAACAUUGAUUCUGGAAUAGUCACAGGUGAAGCUGGAAAUGUUAAAGUAGCAAGGGAAGUUAUCAAUAAAAUACCCAAAUAUCUUAAAUUUAAGAUGAAAUCAUCAUUGAAAGAAACAAUUCAAAGAUUUGAAAUUUCAGGUGAUAGUUUAAACACAUAUAUUAAAACCAGAUGGUCUUCUGCAUGGAAUUGCUUGAAUUCUGUGAAAAGACUUGAAAUGGAAUCCUACAGUUAUAACUAA